AAUUAAGCUAUCUCAGUCAAUUAAUGAAUGAUUAUUUACUAUCUAGUCCGCACUAACAUCAUCAUCCAUCUGAUUAUCACUGAUCCCAAUCCAACGGUCGAGAUCUACUCAUCUUCAAGCAAAAACUGUCAAACAACUUGAUCCCUCAGUUGGAUUUUUGCUUUGCUUCCAUUUUCCUCCUCGUUCCUUCCGUACUCUUCACUUUUCGACGCGCACACACAACAUUUACACGCAAAUAUAGAUGUAUUAGAGAGAGAGAGAGAGAGAGGUUGGAGGGGAUUCUGGUGUGGCGUCUGGAUCUAGAUCUUCGAUCGGCGAUUCUGUAGUGGUGAGUGUUGAGGUGGACUGGAGAAAAGAUGGCCGCCGCCGGGAUGAAGAAUCAGGCGAUUUUUGUGUCGCUUCUCCUCUUCAUCAACGCCGCCCACUCAUUCUACCUCCCCGGCGUCGCGCCACAAGAUUUCCUCAAGGGUGACCUUCUAAAGGUGAAAGUGAACAAACUAACCUCUGUAAAAACUCAACUUCCCUACUCCUAUUAUUCCCUUCCUUAUUGCAAACCAGAGAAAAUUGUGGAUAGUGCUGAAAAUCUUGGGGAAGUUCUUCGUGGUGAUCGUAUUGAGAACUCUCCAUAUGUGUUUAAGAUGCGAGAACCACAGAUGUGCACUGUUGCUUGCCGUAUUAUACUUAAUGCUAAAGAGGCAAAGGAAUUUAAAGAUAAGAUUGAUGAUGAAUAUCGAGUAAAUAUGAUUUUGGAUAAUCUCCCUCUAGUUGUGCCUAUCAAAAGACUUGAUAUGGACUCCUUGAUGUAUCAGCAUGGUUUCUUUGUUGGUCUGAAAGGACAGUACACUGGAAGCACAGAUAUGAAGUAUUUUAUCCAGAACCACUUGACAUUUAUCGUUAAGUACCAUAAGGACGAAGAAACUGGUGCUGCAAGAAUUGUGGGAUUUGAAGUCAGCUCAUUCAGUGUUAACCAUAAAUACGAGGGUGAUUGGGAUGAUAAAACACGAUUGACAACAUGCGAUCCACAUGCAAAACGCACAGUAACUAGUUCCGAUAAUCCACUGGAAGUCGAAGAUAAGAAGGAAAUUAUUUUCACGUACGAUGUAGAGUUUCAGGAAAGUGAAAUCAAGUGGGCAUCUAGAUGGGACACUUAUCUUUACAUGCCUGACGAUCAAAUCCAUUGGUUUUCAAUCGUAAACUCUCUAAUGAUUGUACUUUUUCUCUCGGGAAUGGUAGCCAUGAUUAUGCUGCGAACACUCUACCGCGACAUCUCAAAGUACAACCAAUUGGAGACUCAAGAAGAAGCUCAAGAGGAAACUGGCUGGAAAUUAGUCCACGGAGACGUUUUCCGGCCUCCAACAAACUCGAAUCUGCUCUGUGUCUAUGUCGGAACUGGAGUUCAAUUUUUGGGGAUGAUACUAAUCACCAUGGUUUUCGCAGCACUUGGGUUCCUCUCCCCUUCUAACCGAGGCGGACUAAUGACAGCUAUGCUUCUGCUCUGGGUUUUCAUGGGCGUUUUCGCUGGAUAUGCUUCUUCUCGUCUCUAUAAAAUGUUCAAAGGAACCGAAUGGAAGAAAAUCACUCUCCAAACGGCUUUUAUGUUCCCCGGUAUUCUCUUUGCUAUUUUCUUCGUUUUAAAUGCCUUAAUUUGGGGGGAGGAAUCCUCUGGUGCAGUCCCAUUCGGUACCAUGUUAGUAUUGGUCCUCUUGUGGUUCGGAAUUUCGGUACCGCUCGUUUUUGUGGGAAGUUAUGUCGGUUUUAAGAAGCCAGCUAUUGAAGAUCCGGUGAAAACCAAUAAAAUCCCGAGGCAAAUACCGGAGCAGGCUUGGUACAUGAACCCUUUCUUCUCUGUACUAAUCGGGGGCAUACUUCCAUUUGGUGCGGUAUUUAUCGAGCUGUUUUUUAUUCUCACUUCGAUAUGGUUGAACCAGUUCUACUACAUAUUCGGUUUCCUAUUUCUAGUGUUUGUGAUCUUGAUUGUGACGUGUGCGGAGAUUACUGUUGUGCUGUGCUAUUUCCAGCUCUGCAGUGAGGACUAUUUGUGGUGGUGGAGAUCUUAUUUGACUUCUGGUUCUUCGGCUUUUUACCUCUUCCUUUACGCGGCGUUUUAUUUCUUCACGAAGCUGGAUAUAACAAAACCUGUUUCGGGUGCUCUUUAUUUCGGGUAUAUGUUGAUUGGUUCGUUUGGUUUCUUUGUGCUGACCGGUACGAUUGGUUUCUAUGCCUGUUUCUGGUUCACGAGGCUCAUCUAUUCGUCUGUAAAGAUUGAUUAAAUAGGUCCUUUAGAAACAAAAAAAAAAAGCAAAAAAAGCGUAGUGUAAUACUUGUCGAAAGUUGGAUUCUAGUACUUUGCCUUUUCGUUUAGCCUGAUAACCGGGUUAGGCCAUAGAUUCAUUACAAGUGAUUAAUAGUAGUUUGUCAUUCAUAUUUCAUACUGGAUGGCCUUUUUUGAGUCUUUAUGUAAUAUUUGUUAUUCUCUGUUAUUACUUGUUAAAAACAUUUAUAAAGACAUUUUUGGUGGAUUUUGAAGCAA